GGUUUUCGCGGGGCGGGAAUACCGGUAGUGAUUUCAGCUCUUUUAGUAUUUGUCCAGCAGGUUUCCCGCGGCGCGGGAAGCCCUACUGUAGUGUACAAGGGCAGAGCGACAGCGGCGCAUGCGCGAGGGGUGCCUGGGAGGCGGCGUUGGCUGAGCCAGUGCUGGGGUCGUGUGGGGCGCAGCGACGCCCAAUGGCGGCGUCGGCGCAGAGCCCGGCCGCGGUGCUGAGCGCCGAGCAGGCGAAAGUGGUGCGUGUGCCCGCAGUGGUGCUGGCGGAGGUGAUCAAGGCCUUCGGCUCCCCUGAGAACGCGCAGCGCAUGGACGAGGCGCGGGACAACGCCUGCAACGACAUGGGCAAGAUGCUGCAGUUUCUGCUGCCCGUGGCCACCCAGAUCCAACAAGACGUGAUCAAAGCCUACGGCUUCAGCAACGACGGGGAAGGUGUGCUGAAGUUCGCCCGGCUGAUCAAGUCCUACGAGUCGCAGGACCCAGAGAUAGCCAGCAUGUCGGGGAAGCUCAAAGCCAUGUUCCUGCCCCCGAUGACGCUGCCCCCGCACGGGGCUGGGACUGGGGGAGUGGCGACCUCGUGAAAGCGGAGGCUUGUCCUGUCCGGCUCCGUGGCCGUGCUGCGGCCUUCCGUGCCCCUGUGGCUGGAGCUGCCUGUGGCUCAGGGCCGGCAGCCCCGCAAGGGGAGCGGCUGAACAGCGGAGACGUUGCUCUGUGCGGAAUCGGCUGCUUUGUGCGUGUUUGUAUGCCUGCUUGUGAAUAAAAACUAUCUGGAAAACAA